GGCCUAGGGAAAUUUUCUAAGCUUCAACUUCUAGCUCUGUAAAAUGAGAAUUGGAAGUAGGUGCGAUCUGAACUUUCUGAUCAAUUCUGGGUACAAGCUUUUCAACAAAACUGAGCUGAGGAAAUAGCAUGUAAUACCGUGGGAAAAGAGAAUACUCACCUUAAAGGAAAACUGGGGGAGCGGGGCCUAACUGCACACAAACUGCCCACAAUCGGUUAUCCAGUCUCCUCCCCUUCACUUUCCAACUCCUCUUGCAUAGUCAGUCUCUGGUCAACCUCCUCUGGGGCCAAGCAAGCAACUUCCCCCACUGCCUUAAGGGCCCACCGGUCAACCCGGGGUGAGUGGAGACAAUAGGGUUUGUGUCGCAGGGGUCGUUGACAUCACGUAAGAAUGCGCAGGGGUGUCCCCAUCUAGGGUCCUCAUCCCCCACCAGAAAGGCCCUCCGAGGCUACAGUGGUUGGGAUGGCGUACCUGAGCGAGUGUCGCCUGCGACUGGAGAAAGGCUUUAUCUUGGACGGGGUGGCUGUGAGCACCACUGCCCGCGCUUAUGGGCGCUCUAGGCCCAAGCUGUGGUCGGCGAUUCCGCCCUACAACGCGCAGCAGGACUACCACGCCCGCAGCUACUUCCAGAGCCACGUGGUUCCGCCCCUUUUGCGGAAAACUGAUCAGGAUCAUGGCGGUACAGGAAGGGAUGGCUGGAUAGUAGACUACAUCCACAUCUUCGGGCAAGGACAAAGAUACCUCAACAGGAGAAAUUGGGCAGGGACAGGGCAUUCUCUCCAGCAGGUGACUGGGCAUGACCACUACAAUGCUGAUCUGAAACCGAUCGAUGGGUUCAAUGGAAGGUUUGGCUACCGCAGGAACACUCCAGCCCUCCGUCAGAGCACGUCCGUCUUCGGAGAGGUCACCCACUUCCCUCUGUUCUAACAGCAUCUUUUCCCUUCAUAGCCAUCGACCUGAAUUUCUAAGACAAAUGUUUAGAUGAACUCUUAGUGUUAUUUUACGUUAAAAAAAUUAAUUUGUGUC